ACUGUUCUCUAUCAAAGUGUCAAAGAAUCCUAUCGUAUCGCACACUUUGGAGUGAUUUCUCACCGGCAGCAACGUCGUAGUGUUAGAUUGCGCGCCCCCUAUUUCGCAGAAAGGGGAAGUAAAGUGGAACAAAAUUAAGGUCACCGAACGUAUACGAUUACGAAUCUUGCGGUCGUUCUUGAUUUGUAGCUAGUGCUAAUUUUGUUUUUUGUUGCCUGUUUUCGACACCGCCAAGUCAGAAUCAUGUAAACACUUCUGGAAUCCAUCAUCGACAGUGGGAAGCAUCCAACAAACAGUUUACGGCCACUACGGGCCGUCCGACGAAAAAAAGUGAACCAACAUUGAAACAGUGUUUAUUGUGCAUCUAGAAACAUACUGGAACUGGCAUACGAAAAAAAAAACGAAAGAACCGAUCUGUGUGAGUGGUGUAAGUGCAACGGAAAAUUUAAUCGCUAUCCAUUACUACCCUUUCGACCAGACAGGCAACCAGGUGGAAGGAUCGAAUUUGAAUUACCGAGAAGUGCGCGGUUGCUCGUUUUAUUGUCCUUGACAGAAUCCGUGAAUUGCCUAGAGUGGACUUUUCUAGCUUUUAAUCAUUAGUGUCCGUUUAUGGCUGCUAAGAUGAAUCUUUCAUUCGCCGGAUGCGGGUUUCUGGGAAUCUAUCACGUUGGAGUGGCGGUUUGCUUUAAGAAGUAUGCUCCUCAUUUAUUGCUGCACCGGAUCAGCGGGGCUUCAGCGGGAGCUUUGGCGGCAUGCUGUUUGCUGUGCGAUAUGCCCUUAGGCGAAAUGACAUCGGAUUUCUUCCGGGUAGUGAACGAAGCCCGCAGUCAUUCGCUGGGUCCAUUCAGUCCGCGCUUCAACAUCCAGACUUGUCUGCUGGAGGGUCUGCAGAAGUUUCUGCCUCCGGAUGCACACGAACGCGUCAACGGUAAACUGCACAUCUCCCUGACCCGGGUUUAUGACGGCAAAAAUGUAAUUGUUUCGCAGUUCAACAGUCGCGAGGAUUUGCUACAGGCCCUGCUAUGCGCUUGCUUUAUUCCGGUGUUUUCCGGAAUCCUACCACCCCGCUUCCACGGCGUUCGCUACAUGGACGGAGCUUUUUCCGACAAUCUGCCCACGCUGGACGAAAACACGGUCACGGUGAGUCCGUUCUGCGGCGAAUCGGACAUAUGCCCGCGAGAUAACAGUUCGCAGAUGUUUCACGUCAACUGGGCCAACACUAGCAUCGAGCUGUCCAAGCAGAACAUCAAUCGCUUUAGACGUAUUCUUUUCCCCCCGCGUCCGGAAAUUCUGUCAUCGUUCUGUCAGCAAGGUUUCGACGAUGCGUUGAAUUUCCUGCAUCGGAACAAUCUGAUCAGUUGCACCAGGUGCCUAUCAGUUCAAUCGACUUUCUGCGUUUCGGACCAACCGAAGCAGUUGGAAGAGCAAUUGCUCGAGGAGUGUGACCCGAAGUGCAGCGAAUGUAAAGAAUGCACCCAGCAUAGACAGAAUGCCAUUGGAGGAAGUAUGCCGGAUACGGUUUUGACCGUAUUUCAGACCUACAUGGACCAGGCGAAUAAAGGACUGAUGAAUUGGGUGUUCAGGCAUCGAGGGGCGAAACUGUUGAAGGCGUUGUCUCUUCCAGCCACAUUGCCAGCGGAUAUCGUGUGCGCCACCUUAGCUAAACUGAUGGUAGCAACUCCCGCAAUCGACAGCCAGCUGUGGUCCGUGAGUCAGUUUGCCCUCAAAACCCUUAACUCGAUCCUGAUCAGAAUGCCAUGGGGACACCAGCUUAGUGCCAACCUUCAGUGUCAGAUCGCAUACACCCAAUAUUCCGGCCCGCAGUGGUUGACUUCCAAAGGCAAGCGCGUAAGUCACCGAGGCAGCUCGCUGUUGGAUAUCCGCGUAGACAAUGGUACUGAGCUGAUAUCGGUGAUCACUGGUGAGAACAAUAAUGAAUUGAUAGAACCACACCAUCAUCACCGCCAGCACACGAAAGGACACGAUGAGACCCACGAUGAGGAUCACCCGGAUUACGAUACGUUUAACCACAUUCUGCAGGCGAUAUCGCACCACGAUGCGAUGUAUGCGUACUACUAUAUGGACGACAACAAUGAGGUAAAGGUGACGGAAAUUUUCGACAUGACGGAAGACGCCAGCCCGGCCAUCCAGACAGUUCAGGAGCGAGAACUGAACCAGCAGCUAGAGUUUGACAGCGAUUGGGAAACGACACAGCCAGAUUUCCUCUUUUCAGACCCAUACAGCGGAAACAAUAUGAUCGACCUGGACGAACUGUUAGAUCCGUGCCUGUACAACAACCACCAGCAGCACCAUCAGCAUCAGCAGCAACAGCAGUACCACAGCCAUACCCAGCCACAGUCUUAUCCUCAUACGCACCACCACCAGCAGCACCGUCGCUCCGUCGGCUGCCAUUAUCAGCCAUUCCAGCCACAGAACAUAGUCGAGGGAAGCACGGAACUGUCCUGCGUCCAGUGGCAGUGCUCUCAGAUCGACAUCGGAGAGUUGUCCAGCGAUGACAACUAUCUGCAGCCGGAAGCCGACCAGCAGCAGGCCUUGAAUUCUGAAGCGGCAGCACUGCUGCUAAGUAAGCCCCAAUCGUCCUCGGCUUACUCGCUCAUAGAGAUGUGAGUUUGAACACACACUUACGCACACAGGAAUUGUACAGUUACCAUAGACAGUGAGGCGUUUAGUAGUAUUUCCAGUGUACGACGAGUGCACACUAUGUUGAGACUAAAAGCAUUGAUAUCGCGAAAAAAUUGUUUUCUCGUAUACUACGAACGACAAGUGUGUUUCGUUUUUAUCAAAGUCAAAACCAAAAAGAAAAGGGAUAGGCAGGAACCUAUACUCACUGAACUUAUAUCGCUAUUGUUGAUUUUAUAUUGUUCAGGACAAGUUCCAAGCUAAGCAAAGCGCAGACGUGACGAUUUUAGGAAUUUGAUUUAUACAUGUUCUAAUCAAAACUAUCAGUUUUCGAACCGUAUUUGUUUUAGUGAACUGAUUGUGAUGUUUUAAUUCUAAACUAGAUAGUUAGAAAAAUAGUGGCAAAUAAUAGUACGUAGCUAGCAACGAAAUGAAAGCUUUUCAUGGCUGUGCAAUAAUAAAAUGAUUUGUAAUCGGGGCCAAGAAAUCCGAAUCGUUUACCAAUCCACUGUACCUUUACCAGUAGAGUGAUGCCAAGCACGAUUCUUGUUUUAUGUUCGAUAGAAAGCGAAUAGCAGUUGCGUUUUAUAUGUUGUCAUAGUGUUUAGGUCGCUCUGAAAUUAUCUCUCUAGUGUUACACUUUGCAGAAUCUCUGCGAGGUGUAAACUGUACAUUUAUCAUUCAAAUAUUUUAUUUAUCGUCAAGAGUAGUAAGUGAAACAGAAGCUCCUAUAUUUAUACAUGAUAUUUUACAGAACAAUAAAUGGCUAU